CAGGAAAUGUUUUUUUCAUCAUAACCAUAUUACAACGCCGUUUGCAAACAUGGGAAAGGUUUUCUUUGACAUCACUCUUGAUGGAGCUCCUGCUGGCAGGAUUGUAAUGGAGCUCCGGAAUGAUGUAGUCCCAAAAACUGCAGAAAACUUCCGUGCUUUGUGCACCGGAGAGAAAGGUUUUGGCUACAAGGACUCCAGUUUUCACCGAAUCAUCACCAAGUUCAUGUGCCAGGGUGGGGACUUUACCAAACACAAUGGAACUGGAGGCAAAUCCAUCUACGGGGAGAAGUUUGGUGACGAGAACUUCAAGUUGAAGCAUCAGGGCCUGGGCACACUGUCCAUGGCGAACGCUGGGCCAAACACCAACGGGUCCCAGUUCUUCAUCUGCACAGGGGACACUAGCUGGCUGGACGGGAAGCACGUGGUGUUUGGGAAGGUGGUGGAGGGCAUCGACGUCGUCCAGAAAAUGGACGCGGUAGGCUCGCAAAAAGGUGCUCCUUCGGCGAAGGUUGUCAUUGCAGACUGUGGUGAAUUAUAAUAGUGUGACAAAGCUCCUUAAGUUCCCAUGUACCCUCUAACAUCCACUUCAAAAUGAGGCUGAAAGUGUCAAUAAAGCAACCUAAAGCUGAA